AUGAGAUACAAGGGGAAUUUGAGCGCUGCGGAUGAACUCUACGCGGCUUCGAUUCGUGUUCUACCGCUGCUUGGCGACCCGUGGAACCAACGGGGACUCUUAUUGGCCAAACGGGAUGUCCUGAAAUGCCUCUACUUCCACUAUCGGGCUCUUCAUUGCCGAUUUUCGUUUAUUGGCGCAACCUCAAACAUCCAGAAGAUCUUUCAAGAACACUCGGAAACAACCGUGCUAGUCGAUUCUCCAUUUGUGGAUAGGUUCCUGCACGUACUAUCCAAGUUCUACUUCAUGACCCGGGUCCAUCAACGUUUGGUCGACAGCCUGUUGGAAGAGUGCAUUACAAUGGAGGCGAUUGUCCCGCUGCUUGGUGUACUUUCCGAAUUGGGCGUAUCCAGCGAUGAGAAGGCCAUCAUAGAUGCCAUUUACCGGCUUGUCGAUGGGGCUGUUGCGUCGAUUGCGAGAAGGCAAAUGGAUGGCUGCUCAUCUGAAAAGGAGCUAUGGGUGUUGGCGUUAUGUUUGCGCGUCUGCAGCCCUGAAGCCCUCAAGGCAAAACCGAUAACCGACCUCGUUCAGCGACUACUCGAUAACGAAGUACCCAUAAGGGAUUCGGAGCUCACCAGAUUUUGGCUGUGCUUUGAAGACCCCUGUGAUCGACCCUUAACCGCUGGUGGAUUGGCCCGAACAUUGUGUGCGAUUAGGGACGGUGAAGUGAUUAAUCCCGGCCAAUGCCAUCAGAAGAUGAUGAGGCGGAAGCGGAAGAUCAACACGGCGAAUCGACGGUGGCGGCAGGUCGAAGAAGGGAGCGAGCAGAGUCAGAGUCCGAAAGUGCCGGCGAACACGACGAUGAAGAAGAGCCUGCAAUCGUCGAAA